UUCCUCCCUCCCACCCCUUCCACUCGCAGCAUUUUUCUUCUCGUUCCCAGCCUUUGAUCUGCCGCCGUCGUCCGCCGUCCAUCGAUCCAUGGCUAAUCAGAAGAAACCCGAAUGGCCGAAGCUCCGGUACGGGGAUGGCGAGUGCAAACGCUGCCGGGAACUCGAUAAGCUGAAGCUGAAACCCAAGCCCGAUGACCUCGAUUAUAUAUGCCAGGAUGACGAUUUCAAGGGCGACGAAGAACUGAUGCUAAGGGUCAUCCAUUACAGGAGGAAGCGUGACGUGACCGGUUGUUUCGAUGUUGAUUGCCCUCCAUCGUCAGAUUGGGGCCGACUUUACCCCCGAGAACAUUAUUCCAGGUGUGUUCGGGACUAUGACAAGAGGCUUAAUUAAGACGUGUGUAAAAUUCGUGAUCGUC